AAACUGUACAGUAUUGCCAACUUAAGAAAUGCCUUUUUCUCUGAAAUUGGCAUUGGAAUCUCAGCCAACGCCAUCCUUCUCCUCUUCCAUGUCUCCAUGUUCUUUCUUGAGCACAGGCCCAAUCCCACUGACCUGCCCACUGGGCUCCUGGCCCUAACCCAUCUCAUGAUGCUGGUGAUCGCAGGAUUCUUAGCUACAGAUAUUUUUGUGUCUUGGCACAACUUUUAGGACAAUAUUACAUGCAAAUCACUUGUCUACCUAUAUAGAUUGAUGAGGGGCCUGUCCAUUUGUACCACCUGUGGGCUGAGUGUCCUCCAGGCCAUCACCCUCAGCCCCAGAAGUUCCCGUUUGGCAAAGUUCAAACAUAAGUCUCCAUAUCACAGCCUGUGUUGCCUUCUCGCCAUGGGGAUCUUCUAUAUGUCUGUUAGCAGUCAUAUCUUCAUCUCCGUGGUUGUCACCCCCAGUUUGACCUCAGACAAUCUUAUCUAUGUCACCACAUCCUGCUCUGUUUGGCCCAUUAGUUACCUUCUCAGGCAGUUAUUUGCCACACUGCUGACCUUUUGGGAAGUCUUCCUUAUAGGGCUCAUGUCCCUCUCCAGUGGCUACAUGGUGACUGUCUUGUGCAGGCAUAGGAGAAGGUCCCGCCAUCUGCACAGCACCAGCCUCUCUGCAAAAGCCUCCCCAGAACUAAGGGCCACCCGGACCAUUCUGCUGCUCUUGGGUUUCUUUAUGGUCAUGUCUAUUAUGGAUUAUGUUAUCUCUGCAUCAAGAAUUAUGUGGAACAAUGACCCAAUUCUUUAUUAUAUUCAGAUUUUUAUUGACGAUAGCUAUGCUGCAGUCAGUCCAUUGGUGUUCAUCAGUACUGAAAAAUGCAUCAUUAUCUUUUUGAAAUUCAUGUGGGGGAGGACAAUAAAUGCUUAA